ACCUGAGAGGACUGUCUGGGGAUGAGAAAGGUGCUUUUCUGAAACAGUCUGGACAUAUUCAACACCACCAUGUCAAAAGUUACUCUCAUAGCAGGACUGGGGCUCCUGCUGUCUCUUCAGAUCGUCACCUCUACCAAGCUGGUUUGCUACUUCAGCAACUGGUCCCAGUACAGGCCGGGCAGCGGACGCUUCACUCCGGUGAAUGUGGACCCCUUCCUCUGCACUCAUGUCGUCUACGCCCUGGCCACCAUCGGCCCCAACCAGCAGAUCAACACCAUAGAGUGGAACGAUGAGACCAUGUUCAAGGACCUGAACAACCUGAAGAACAUAAACCCUGACCUGAAGACACUGCUGACGAUUGGAGGCUUGGUCAAUGGAAUUAGCCCGUAUAUUGAUAUGGUGUCAACUCCAGCCAAGCGUGAGAACUUCAUCCGCUCAGCGCUGAUCUUCCUCCGGACUCACGGGUUUGACGGUCUGGACCUGGCCUGGGAGUUCCCGGGUCAUAACGGCAGCCCCCCAGAGGACAAGCAGAGGUUUACUGCCCUGGUUCAGGAAUUGAGACGAGCGAUUGAGCAGGAGGCUAAAGACACCAGGAAGACCCCCCUGCUGCUCUCUGCUAAAGUUGCUGCACUGAGUACCACCAUCGAAGCUGCUUAUGAAGUUCCUGAAGUCACCAGUGAGGUGGACUUCGUCAGCAUUAUGAGCUACGACUACCACGGCUCCUGGGACAAGGUUACAGGACACAACAGCCCCCUUUUCAGGAGCUCCCUCGACAGUGGAAACCACAUCUUCCACAACAUCGAAGCGACAGUGUCGUUCUGGAUCAGUAAAGGAGCUCCGGCUGAGACUCUGCUGCUGGGUUUCCCCACGUACGGACGCACCUUUGAGCUGUCCACCUCUGCUAAUGUCCUCGGAGCCCCGGCUAGUGGCCCUGCUAGCGCCGGAUCCUACACUCGGGAAGCUGGAUUCUGGGCCUAUUAUGAGAUCUGCACGUUUGCAGCAGGAGGUAAAGUGGAAUGGAUUGACGAGCAGAGUGUGCCCUACGCCACUCAGGGAAACGCCUGGGUGGGCUACGAUAACCAGGAGAGCUUUGCUGCCAAGGUUCAGUGGCUCAACUCCAUGAAUCUGGGUGGAGCAUCAGUGUGGUCCCUCGACUUGGACGACUUUAGAGGAGAUUUUUGCUCGGAGGGAGACUAUCCUCUCGUUAACCGUCUACGCAGCUCACUGGGUUUCCCUCCCAAACCGACCACCACUCGCGCCCCGACCACCACCCCCGACCCCGUGGCCAACUUCUGCUCCGGAAAACCCGACGGCCUGUACGCCAACCCGGCUGACCAGAGCACUUACUUCCAGUGCUUCCGCGGGAACACCUACCUGCACCGCUGCCAGCCGGGCCUGGUGUACGUCGACGCCUGCAAAUGCUGCAACUGGCCUUAAGAUCACCAUGUUCCAUUCAUACAAACAAAUUAAUUAAUUUCUGUUUUUUUUUUUUUUUUUAAUAAAAUGAAUAUACCUGUCAAUCAAUAAAAAUGCAUUUUGGA